GGGCAGGUCCUUACAUGAUGAUGAACGCUUUGCAUCUUGACAGGUGCAUGGACACGAUAUGAAUUGUGUGGCUUGGAUCAGAGGAUCUGGAAAUCACAGAUACGUCAGUGGUGCAGACGAGAAGGUGUUACGGGUGUUUGAGGCUCCCGCGACAUUUCUCGACAGCCUUGCAUGGACAACAGCAUCCAAAUUUCUGGACAACAUCAAAGGAUCUGGUUUGCAAGCUCUCGGUGCAAACAUGUCAGCUCUCGGGUUGUCUCAAAGGCCAAUUUAUACUAUGACAGGUGCAGCACAAGGGGAGGAUGACGAGCUCGGUGAAUACGGCAGCGGUGGCGGGGGCGGCAGUGGCGGCGGCAUGAUGGAUCCAGUCCCAGAGGCGGUGCCAUCUGCGACUAAAUCUCCACCAUUGGAGGAGCAUCUUGCACAGAACACGCUCUGGCCGGAGACACACAAGCUUUAUGGCCAUGGGAACGACGUGUUCUGUAUCUGUGCAGAUCAUUCAGGAAGAUUCAUCGCCACUGCUUGUAAGGCGCAAUCUGCACAAGCAGCAGAAGUCUGGUUAUGGGACACCGAGACCUGGAGGAGAGUAGGAGCGGGAGGCGGUACAGGAGGAGGAGGAGAAGGGGGAGGAGCGGGAGGAGGAGCGAGAGAAGGAGCGGGAGGAGGAAGGGGGGGGUGGAACGGGGGCAAGAGCAGGAGAAGCCGCGCGAGGAGGAGGAGCAGGAGGAAGGAAUGGGAGGAGGAUGAAGUUGUGGUGGAGGAGCAGCGGGAGGACUAUACCGCCGCACUCACCCAGGUCAAGGAACAGCAAGAGGCUGCCGCAGCCGAAAGACUACGGCUAGCAGAGGAAGCUGCAGCACAAACCCGGCAUCAAGCCGAGGCAGACCGCUUGGCGAUCGAUCAGCUCAACGCCGGCAGCGCUGAUCUUGUAAGUGCUAACCAAGCACAAUGGACAGCGGUGCUCGACGGGAUGCGUUAUGUCCCGGCACCCGGCAGCGAGCCGACAACAAUACAGCAAGAGAGGCACGACCUGGCAGAUAUUCUACUCCAUACAAUGCGCGCCGUCAUUUGGAACAGCUCCAUGGGAGAGCUGCAUUCCCGGUCCACGCUGCAGCUGCAGCACGAUCUGAGCCACAAUGUGAAGAUACUUGCAGCAGCUGUCAAGGUCGCGGACAACCAGUUGAAACAGCUGGAUGCACGCAUUGCUACCUUGGAGGCAAGACCUCCCCAAGCAGCGCCAGGCUGCACGCCAGAUAUGAUAGACACAACGAAGCAGCUCAAUGGGCGCAUCGAUCAUGUCGUCAAUCUCAUCGGCGACAUAGGUGCUUUCAAUGGGCCGGACACAAUCAAUAGCACGGUGGCCGCCAUCAAGAUGGACAUCACCAAGCUGCAGACGAAACCGGACGCCACUACGAAGAACUACAAGAUGCCGCACUUCGACAUCAGCAAGUUCGACGACCACAACAAGACGGACGCUUUGGCAUGCAAACUCGGGAAACUGAGUUAUGCAAGGAGAGGGGCGACGUCUCUCCUCACUCCGCCGGACCCGGUUGCCUUGCUAGCAAUUGAUGUCACUACCGGGGAGCAUGCGUUAGUCGCUGAUUCUCGUGCUACGUACGAGGAUUAUGCCGCCCAGCUGGUACCACCAUUAGACCAGCCAAACCACGUGCAUUUCGCUAGCAUAUGCGCAGCCUGUACACCGUCGGCAAGUGAUCCGGUCAGUUCGCCGCUGAUUUCCGAGGACUCGACGGCGUGGUCAAGACUUGGGGAGCUUGACCCGCUCACGAGAGAGGACUUCGCYUGGAUGCCUCUACCCUCGACCGGAACCUUGCCAAGGCCGCAUUGCAACGCCUUAAUGGCAGAUUUACGCUCCUAUUUGCACACUACAGUACCAUCUCCGUUGACGGACAAGGGAGUAGCGGUUGUCGAUCUCCGCUCCUAUCUUGCGAAGAUUGACCGCGAGUACGCCACCCAAAGGCACGCCGAAACCGACGCGCCUUUGCUCUAUAUCCACAUUCAAAUCGGAAAGGCAACCUGUAGUGCCUUGAUUGAUUGCGGAGCGUCUCGCAACUUUAUGAGCCAAGCCUUUAUGGCCCGCGCAAGUCUUGGCCCGCGCGUUCGAAGGAAGACGCAACCCACGCAAGUCACACUCGCGGACGGCCGCACGCAAAAGUCAAUUGACCGAUGCGUCGACGGCGUUCCGGUAUACUUUGCGCCACUUGCGUGCGAGCCSGUGUYUKUUGACAUCCUCRACACCAAGUUCGACAUGAUUCUAGGCAUGUCUUGGUUGCGUAGCGCCGAUCAUCCGGUGAACUUUCAUGACCGAACCGUUCACAUCCGUGAUCGGAACGGAGUGUUAGUCCCAUGUACGGUCGCGACCCCUCACAUUUCGAUAGCUUGUCACGUGGUUUCCGUUGCGAGAAUUCGCGACGCCAUUGCUCGGAAUGACGUCGAGGAGAUGGGCCUUGUAUUCUUGCAUGCUCUCCCCUCGCCGGACGGACCAGCCGCGUCACCGCCGGACCCACGCAUUUCUCACCUCUUGGACGAGUAUAGAGACGUCUUCGAGGCUCCCACCGGAACGGUUCCGGAUCGGCCCAUACGUCACGGGAUCACUCUCGAGGCUGGCGCCGUCCCUCCGCGUGGAUGUAUCUACCGCAUGAGCGAAGAGGAACUCGAGGUGCUUCGCGCACAACUCGAUGGCCUUCUCGACAAGGGCUGGAUUCACCCUAGUUGCUCACCAUACGGUGCCCCUGUUCUCUUCGUCCGGAAGAAGAACAAAGAUCUACGGCUAUGCAUCGAUUAUCAGAAACUUAACGCACAAACCGUAAAGAACGCCGACCCUCUCCCUCGGAUUGAUGAUCUUCUUGAGCGGUUAGGCGGCGUGACGUACUUCUCGAAGUUGGACUUGAAGUCAGGUUACCACCAAAUUGAAAUCCAGCCUCAAGACCGGUACAAGACCGCGUUCAAGACGCGGUACGGGCAUUUUCAGCGGGUUGUCAUGCCCUUUGGCCUCACCAAUGCCCCCGCGACUUUCCAAGCAGCGAUGACAACUGAGUUUCGCGACUUGCUCGAUCGCAGCGUCCUCAUCUACCUUGAUGACAUCUUGGUUUACAGUAGGACGUUGGACGAGCACAUCGUACACCUUCGCGUUGUUCUGGAUCGUUUGCGACUAGCCAAGUACAAAACGAAUCUCGACAAGUGCAAAUUCGCCAAGCAAGAGCUUGAGUACUUGGGUCAUUUUGUCACGCCGAAAGGCAUUCGUCCCUUAGCGGACAAGAUCCAAGCCAUCGUGGAUUGGUCGGAACCCCGUUGCACAACGGAUGAACGGGAGGAGGAGGAGGAGCGGGAGGAGCAGCAGGAGGGAGAGCGGGAGAAGGAGAGUGAGGAGGAGCGGGAGGAGGAGUUGGAGAAGGAACAGGAGAAGGAACUGGAGAAGGAGUGGGAGGAGGACGAAGUUGUGGUGGUGGAGCAGCGGGAGGAGGGGGAGGAGGAGGGGGAGGAGGAGCGGGAGGAGGAGGAGGAGGAGGAGGAGCGGGAGGACGAGCAGGACAAGGAGCAGGAGGAGGAGCAGGACAAGGAGCAGGAGGAGGAGAGGAGCGGCGAAAAACGGGGAGGGGGAAUUAACAAACGCGCAGGAUAGAUGAGCAAUGAGAGUGGCGACGCGGAGGUGAAUCUUCGGAAACCCCAUUUUGAACUUAUCGGACCGGUGAAAGCGCAUGGGCGGAUUGUGUGGUCAGCCGCAUGGACACACUGUGACUCUUUCUUCGCCACUGGCUCGCGGGACAAGUUGGUGAAGGUCUGGAGGAUAAAGGGAGAGGAGGACUCACCUACUACUAGCAAGAAGAUUGAGUGUGUGAAGGCCCUACCGCCUUGCUCAAGUGGUGUGACUGCGGUUGCGUGGUCAGCAGCAAUGCCAACAGGUGAUAUGUCAUCGGAAUUUGGUGCGGCGGGCUGUAGGAACCAUCUUCUGGCGGUCGGUCUUGAGAGUGGAGAUAUUCAGAUAUGGAUUGGACAAUCCGAUACGACUUAUGGAUCUAUGAGUUUGACGCCAGCCUGCCAAGUCAAUUCCUUCUUGUGCCACGUGGCAGCAGUGCAGCGCCUGCGUUGGAGAGGACCACCACCAAGAAGUGACAACGACGAAGAUACGCCGAAGACGCCGCCAUUCAUGAUCCAGCUGGCAUCGGCCGAUGUUGGAAAGAAGUCGUCAGCUCGUGUCAUGAGAUGUUGGGUGGCCUUGGAGAAAAGCGAGUUCUUCUUGUCAGAGAUCUCAUUCUUGGGGUACAUCGUUACGGUCGAGGGACUAAAACCGGAUCCGAGGAAGGUGGCAACAGUUCAGGAAGCCCCGGCGCCGGUCACACUCACCCAGGUUCGGGCUUUUCUGGGGCUGGCAUCCUAUUACCGACGCUUCAUCAAGGGGUUCGCCAGUGUAGCGAAGCCCCUCACGAACCUGCUGAAGAAAGAGGAGCAGCUGAUCUGGACGCCGGAAUGCGAAGCGGCGUUUCAGGCGUUGAAGGAGGCUCUGACAUUUGCUCUUGUGUUGGCGCGUCCCGACCCGACAAGACCGUUCGCACUGUACACCGACUGGCAGCCGCAGGCGAUAUCGGCGGUGCUGACUCAGCACGGGAAGGACGGAAGGGAGCACGUCAUUGAGUAUGCAUCCAAGAUGUUGAGCAAGGCGCAGGCUAAUUACGAAGCGUGCAAAGGCGAAUGCCUGGCGGUGGUGUGGGGGAUUCAGCAUUUCCGACCGUAUCUCUACGGCCAGAAAUUCGUGCUGGGAACGGAUCAUCAGCCGCUGCUGUCCAUGCGCAACAACACGGACUACACGGGGGCGCUGGGAAGGUGGGCGGUGCGUGUGCAGGACUAUGACUUCGACAUCCGCCACCGCGCCACGCGGCAGCAUGGUAACGCCGAUGGAUUGACGCGCCUCCUGCCGCCCAACAAGUGUCCCGCUAACAAGCGACUCAUUUCGUGGAGGCCAGAAGUUGCGGCGACGAAACCGCACUACGGGGAGCUACACGUGCUGCGGAGAAGGAUGAACCAUCGCCAGCCGGAGCAUGAGCCCCUCAAGCAUUUCCAGACGCCGCUUGUAGAUCGCCUGUUGCAGCAUCGGUUCAAUGAGGAGAGGCAGUUGCGGUACGACAUUCAGCAGGUGAACGUGCCGGCGCCCGGGGUUGCUGAUUUGGUGGCGUACUCGUUGCCUUGCGAUCGACUGACGUAUGCGGGGGUGUACGUGGACGUGGACGUGGACCUAACUGACGUGGAGCCGCUGCCCUUCGCCGACGAAGAUGCGUGGGAGUUGCAUCGUGCGCUGUACAAGUCGGUGGCGCUGGGGAUGUUCCGGUUCUUCGUGGAUCACGACGACCACGCUAUCGGGGAGCACUUCGUCGUUUACUACGUCAUCACGCGGCUCAAGCCAGCGGAGAAGGAAGGGACGGUGGCGCUGUACCCCUUCGCCCAGCUCCAGACAAUCGAUCCGGGAUUGUUGGAGCUCAUACAUCUUGAGUUCCUCUCCAUUGCGCAAGUGAUCACGAGCGAGGAGGAGGAGAUCCAACCACGAUUGCGGACGGUGACGGCCCCGCGGAGAACGUACAACGCGGUCGUCAUCCCGGAUUACAUUGCGCAGCGCGCGGAGAGAUUGGAGGACUUCCCAGAGGAAAGGCCGUUGCGUCCUCCCUCGUCGUAUUCUCGACCAGCGCCACCGAAGGCCCCCAAGAAGACGCCGAAGAGGAAGAGACGCCACCCGUCGUCAGGAGCGCAAGGCAGCAGGAUCGGCGGCGGCGAGGAGGUGAUUCAGCCCGCGCGUACGCAGAUUCCUGACCCUGUGCCUAGGAGUGCGGUGUCGCUCGUUAAGGAGACUAUCGUGCCAUCGCCGCCCAUUCCGCGUGUGCCCGAUCUCAAUCUUGAUGGAGUCGGGCCAUCAUAAGCAGCAUCAGCCGGAGGAGGAAGCCGAAUGGGAUUUCCGGAUCCCAUAUCCAGACC